AUGCCGUGUCUGACGGCUCCCCAGCCCGCUGUGGACGAUGUCCCCAUCGCUCCACGUCCACUACAGCCGGGGACGUCGGCAGAGCUUCAGAGCCCCGUGGGCCGCGUGUCCGUCUCCGGUGGGAAGCGGGACGCGGCGGAGGACCUGAAAACGGGACAGGGACCCGGCUGGCGCAAGUGCCUCUGUCCCCAAAGCAAAAAGUCCUUUAUUUCCAGCGGGCAGCCCCUGCCCGUCGCGCAGGCGGACCCCGCCACGGCUGUUAUCACGUCGCACCUCCCCGGCAGCGCGUCACCGUGCUUAUCUCACCCUUCGCUUGGGCCUCACCUGAGGGCUCCUCAAGAGGUCCUGGGCUCCUCUUCUACCAUGGAGAAGCUCCUGGAGUUCGGAGGUGUGAAGGAAACCCCCUGGGGUCAGACUUUUCUCGGCCACGACAUUAACGGAGCUCUGGAACCAUCCAACAUCGACACCAGCAUCCUGGAAGAGUACAUCAGCAAGGAGGACUCACCAGAUAUCUGUUUCCCUGACAUCCCUGCUUCAGCCAGCUAUGCACACCCCCAACCCUCCAGCUCAACCACCAUCAACGCGCCCGUUGCCAGCUCCAUCGCCAGUGUGACCAACCCCGCUUCCAGCGGUUCCCUCCACCUUCCUCCCCCGGGCAACCAGAUCCCAAUCCGGCAUGGUCCUCUCCUGGCCAACCCUUGCGGCCCCGGCUACGGUGCUCACCUCAACUGCAAUAACAACAAUGGCAUGGUGGUGCCCAAGGGCUACCUUGGUGGCCACUGCCUAAACAACGUGGUCCCUCCAAUCAAAUCAGAGCCCAAGGCCUCCUACGCACCUGGCACUUUACCUGACUCUCCCCCGGACUCUGGAUCGGAAGCCUACUCCCCUCAGCAGGUGAAUGAUCCUCACCUUCUCCGGACCAUGACCCCCGAAAACAUGUGCCACAUGACUCCCCCUUCUCGCCUGGAGCACCCUCCACCGCCGCCACCUCCUCCACCCCCCCACCUCCAGGGNNCGCCGCACCCGCACACCCCCCACUACCCCGGCCUGCAGCGGGACAUGUACAUGAAGGCCGAGCCCCUGAUGCCACCCUACAGCAUCGGGCAGGGCAUGGCACCUGCUGACCUCCACCACGCCCAGCAGUCGCAGAUGCUGCACCAGCUACUCCAGCAGCACGGAGCAGACCUCCCGGUGCACCCCGCCAAGAAGCGGAAACACUCCGAGUCGCCCCCCAACACCCUCAACGCACAGAUGCUCAACGGGCUGAUAAAGCAGGAGCCGGGUAUGGGGACCGUGCCACUCAACCCUGACAGAGUCCAAACCCCUCCCUGGCACCAGCCGGGACCGCUCUCACCAGGCCUGAUUCAAGAUAACGACAGCUUGAACGGCUCCUACUUGGAUCCCAACUACCAGUCUAUAAAGUGGCAGCCACAUCAACAGAACAAGUGGGCAACUCUGUACGAUGCCAACUACAAAGAGCUCCCGAUGCUCACGUACCGCGUAGACGCUGACAAGGGCUUCAACUUCUCAGUCGGUGACGACGCCUUUGUGUGCCAGAAGAAGAAUCACUUCCAGGUCACGGUCUACAUCGGCAUGCUUGGAGAUCCCAAGUAUGUGAAGACCCCCGAGGGCCUGAAACCCUUAGAGUGCUUCUACCUGAAGCUGCACGGAGUGAAGCUAGAGGCCUUGAACCAGUCGAUCAAUAUAGAGCAGUCGCAGUCCGACCGCAGCAAGCGGCCCUUCAACCCCGUCACGGUCAACCUGCCUCCGGAGCAGGUCACCAAGGUCACCGUGGGGCGGCUGCACUUCAGCGAGACCACAGCCAACAACAUGCGGAAGAAGGGCAAGCCCAACCCAGACCAGAGGUAUUUCAUGCUCGUGGUAGCCUUGCAGGCGCAUGCGCAGAACCAGAACUACACGCUGGCAGCCCACAUCUCGGAGCGCAUCAUCGUCAGAGCCUCCAACCCUGGCCAGUUUGAGAGCGACAGCGACGUGCUCUGGCAGCGGGCGCAGCUCCCUGACACCGUUUUUCACCACGGCCGGGUUGGCAUCAACACGGACCGCCCCGAUGAAGCCCUGGUGGUCCAUGGCAAUGUGAAGGUCAUGGGUUCACUGAUGCACCCCUCAGACGUCCGAGUGAAGGAGGACAUCCAGGAGGUGGACACCACAGAGCAGCUGAAGAGGAUCUCCCGUAUGCGGCUAGUACACUAUAACUACAAGCCCGAGUUUGCGGCCACGGUGGGCAUUGACAACACCUCCGAGACAGGUGUCAUUGCUCAGGAGGUAAAGGAGAUCCUCCCUGAAGCUGUGAAGGACACCGGGGACCUGGUCUUUUCCAAUGGGAAGACCCUUGAGAACUUCCUGGUGGUGAACAAGGAGCGCAUCUUCAUGGAGAACGUGGGAGCCGUGAAGGAGCUGUGCAAACUGACAGACAACCUGGAGACCCGCAUCGAUGAGCUGGAGAGGUGGAGUCACAAGCUGGCCAAGCUCAAGCGGCUGGACAGCAUGAAGUCAACUGUGAGCUCUGGGGCAUUCAGCCAAACUGGAAGCCAGUUCAGCCGAGCGGGGAGCGUGCCCCACAAAAAGAGGCCCCACAAGGUAGCCAGCAAGUCACCGUCAGUUGUGCCAGAACAGGCCUGCAUCAGCCAGCGCUUCCUGCAAGGCACCAUCAUUGCCCUGGUCAUCAUCAUGGCGUUCAGUGUGGUGUCCAUGUCCACGCUGUACGUGCUGAGCUUGCGCAGCGAAGAGGACCUCGUGGAUAUGGAUGGGGCAAGCCAGAACUUUGACAAAACGCAGACGGUGCGAUCCACAGCUGCGUCGGACGGAGCCAGCAGCAGGACCCCCACGCACCACGCUGCGGCGGACACGCGUGACUUAGUCUUCAGUUUACCUGGGCACAGUGUGCAAGCAUGCUUCAGCCCACCGUGUUUCUCCACCUGCUGUUCUCCUGCUCCCACCAAUGCCUCCUCCGUUGCCCUCUCUGAGACCGGCCCCACUCACGCCACUAACCGGACAGACCAAAGUCAGACCUCGCUGCUGCCGGCGACAAAUAUCAAAGCCAAAUCCAGGGGCACCAUCAGCGGGAAAGGGAUCUCCUACACCAAGUGGCCAAAGACGCCUGACAGGUCUCAGAGCUUCGGCAGCCCCAAUGCCAGCCCCUCCUCCCCCUUCACCCACCUCCAGGGCAAAUCCAAGUCCACCUCCAACCUCUCGCUCUCCCGCAGCAACUCCCCCGGCACCGUGCUCCCGCGUUCUCCCCUGGGGUAUCCCCAACCAGCUGGGUCUCAUCCGUCCUGCACAGCUCUCGCGGUGUCACCGUUCUGCGGGCCAAGCCCAGUGCUGCGCUCCGUCCGCAUCGUGGAGCUCGACAUGGCCAUCCAGUCCCAGUACUGCGCAGCGGCCGACGCGUGCAGGACUGGAAACUUCACCUACCGCAUCCCUGUCAACCAGCUCACGGCGGUGAACACCAACCUGACCCUGGAGAUGAACUCCUCCUCGGCUGUGUCCAUCUCCCUCUGUGGCCUUGUCUCCAGCGAUCCCUGCCAGGACACUGCCAGCGGGAACGGCUCCGCCGAUGCCACAGACGCGCAGGAAACGACGCACCGUUGGCCUCUCGUGAUGAUGGCUUUCCGGGAGUUCACCUACCACUUCCGAGUAGCGCAGCCUGGCCGAGCCAACUGCAGCACUGCUCCCGAGCAGCUGGGCCACCUUUUCACUGACUAUUAUUUUCAGUUUUACUGGCUCUGUGAGUGA